UGCCUCGCUCACUCGUCGUCCGGCGCGCGUCCGUUAUAGGAGUCAGUCUCUCCUCUUCCUCUGGUCAACCCGUUUCACACCCAACACACAAUCAUGUCUGGUCUCGCGGACCCCGUGGCUUUUGCCAAGGAUUUUAUCGCUGGUGGUGUCGCCGCCGCUAUCUCGAAGACCGCGGUUGCUCCCAUCGAGCGUGUCAAGCUUCUGCUUCAGGUCCAGCACAUCUCCAAGCAAAUCGCUGCCGACCAACGUUACAAGGGUAUGAUCGAUUGCUUCGUCCGCAUCCCACGUGAACAAGGAUUCCUCAGUUUCUGGCGUGGUAACUUCGCCAACGUGAUCCGUUACUUCCCAACCCAAGCCCUGAACUUCGCCUUCAAGGACAAGUACAAGCAGGUGUUCCUCGGCGGUGUCGACAAGCACACCCAAUUCUGGCGUUACUUCGCCGGUAACCUCGCAUCCGGUGGUGCAGCUGGAGCGACCUCCCUCUGUUUUGUCUACCCCCUAGAUUUUGCCAGAACUAGGUUGGCCGCUGAUGUCGGCAAAGCUGGAGGCAGUCGGGAGUUCACCGGACUUGGAAACUGUCUGACCAAGAUCUUCAAGGCUGACGGUCUCGGCGGUCUUUACCGUGGUUUCGGGGUAUCCGUUCAGGGUAUCAUAAUCUACCGUGCGGCGUACUUCGGUUUCUACGACACCGCCCGUGGCAUGCUCCCCGACCCCAAGAAGACUCCAUUCCUCGUAUCGUGGGGUAUCGCGCAGUGCGUAACCACCGUUGCCGGUAUCGUCUCCUACCCCUUCGACACCGUACGUAGGCGUAUGAUGAUGCAGUCCGGACGUGCCAAGGCUGAGAUCCUCUACAAGAGCACCGCCCACUGCUGGUCCACCAUCUACAAGACCGAAGGUGGCAACGCCUUCUUCAAGGGAGCAUUCUCCAACGUUCUCCGUGGUACCGGUGGUGCCCUAGUACUCGUACUCUACGACGAGAUCAAAAAUCUACUGUAAAUCAGCAAGGCUACGUCAAACCCAAUAUCACCUUGUCCUCUCCACCAUCCAGUAUAUUAACGCAACUACCCACACAGCAUCCAUCGUCACACUGCCUGGCCUGCUACAGGUGGCGGCCGGAUAGAAAUCGCAUAGUCGACAAUUUCACAAAUAACCUUUGCCAAACGGAUAAAGAAAGAGUAACGAGGUUAGCCGACCACCGUCGCAGGUAUAUAUAUUAUUUUUUUUCACUCCGAUUACACGGGUGUCACAGGGAAAAUGCGAGAAUUUUGGCGAACGUACGUUCUAGAGAUAGAAUAUAAGUUGCUUGAUUCCUUGCCGAGUUCGGCAUUCUUUGGUGGCGAGUUAUCUUGCUUUGAAUAGGUAUUUGUGAAAUUGGUGAAAAUCGAAUAAUAUAGGUAAUAAACUUAGAGGUAAUUAUUGUAAAACAAGAGGCAUAGGUAUGUUGUAUGAGGAAUCAGAGGGAAAAGUGAAAGAAUAAGGAUUCGGAUUCGAACCCUCUAAAUACACGAUAGGCAAGAUUGGAUGACGGUCAGGGAACUAGCUUAGGCGCGAAAACAUUCGAUCAAGAUACGAGAGGGACGCGCGUCCAAAGGUUUACGAUGUCGGCGACGGCGGGGCGCGUAGACCAGGGCCGCCCCCCGCCCUUAUCCUCGGCCCAUUGUAGAUAAUUAUUAAAUAAUGGUAAUUGAAUAAAACAGGAUUGAUCAUACGAUGAUAUCAGUAAUAAUCUGCCAUUGGAAAAAAAAAAAUAAUUUAAUUUCACGCGACAGACGACUCCAUGUAAGAUAAACGUUAACUUUAUAUGUAUGCAUCUACUCUGUUCAUGUUGGGAUGUAUGCAGCAACUCAAUAAAACUCAAAUGAAACAGA